CACUUCUGAUGACGUUUUUUCGCAUUGUAUUUUGAAGCGUAUAUUUUAAUGUGGAAAAACUGAGAGAUUUGCAACAUGCAAACGGCCACGACACGCUAAAGACUCGCCGAGUGCCGCCAGACGACCGAACCAACCGAGAGGAGGACUCCGCACAGCUGGCGGAGCAACCAGCAGGCAGCAGCGAAAGUUGCGUGGCUGUCGUUUCCGGAAGAGGAGGAGAAACCAAGUGGGGAGGAGGAGGAGGAGAGGUAGCAGCAGGAGGAGGCUUUGAAACCCACCCACCCAGCGGAGGCGACCUUGGGGAAUAUGCACAACAACUCCACGAAGACCAAGGAAAUGUUCAUCGUGCGUGCUCUCGAGAAGAUCCUUGCCGACAAGGACAUACGGCGCUCCCAGAACUCGCAGCUGAAGAAGUCCUGCGAUUCGGCGCUGGAGCAGAUCAAGGCGGAGCUAAUCAGCGCCGGCCAGAUCGCGGAGGGCAACGAGCUGCCCUGCGCCGCACUUCCGCUGCCCAAGAACGAUGCCUCGAGCAUCAUCAAUGCGGAGACCUACUUUCUGCCCUUCGAGUUGGCCUGCAAAAGCCGCUCGCCGCGCAUCGUGGUCACCGCAUUGGAUUGCCUGCAAAAGCUAAUUGCCUAUGGCCAUUUAACGGGCUCCAUUCAGGACUCCGCGAAUCCCGGUCACCUGCUCAUCGAUCGCAUUGUGGUGACCAUCUAUGGCUGCUUCAGUGGUCCCCAGACCGAUGAGGGUGUCCAGCUGCAGAUCAUCAAGGCGCUGCUCACGGUGGUCACCUCGCAGCAUGUCGAGAUCCACGAGUUCACGCUGCUCCAGGCGGUGCGCACCUGCUACGACAUCUACUUGUCCAGCAAGAACCUGGUCAAUCAGACCACAGCGCGCGCCACGCUUACGCAAAUGCUGAACGUGAUCUUUGCGCGCAUGGAGAACCAGGUGUACGAGCUGCCGCCUCCGAAUUCCAAUUCCAAUCCCAUCAACGGCAGCAUCCAUUCGGAGGACUGCAAUGGCUCGGUGGAGGAGCCGCCGGGGGAUUCCGACGAAGUCAUUGCCUCGGAGCUGCUGGCUGAGAUCAUAUCAGCUGCCUACAAUGAGGCCAUGAAGGAUCAGGAAUCGGUGGGAGAACCAGAAGCGGCAGUCAACGGGAACGACUACUCCUCGCACUCGGAUCACGACAGUGUGGAGCUGCACAGCGAGAAUGAUGCAGUGGUCACCGCCAAGUUCACGCACAUUCUGCAAAAAGACGCCUUUCUCGUGUUCCGGGCGCUAUGCAAGCUAUCGAUGAAGCCCCUGCCGGAGGGACAUCCGGAUCCCAAGUCGCACGAGCUGCGCUCCAAGGUGCUGUCGCUGCACCUGCUGCUGUUGAUUCUCCAGAAUGCCGGGCCAGUCUUCCGCUCCAACGAGAUGUUCAUCAUGGCCAUCAAGCAGUAUUUGUGCGUGGCUUUGUCCAACAACGGAGUGAGCCUGGUGCCGGAGGUCUUUGAGCUGUCGCUCUCGAUAUUCGUGGCCCUGCUAUCCAACUUCAAGGUCCAUUUGAAGCGCCAAAUCGAGGUCUUCUUCAAGGAGAUCUUCCUGAACAUCCUCGAAGCCAACUCGAGCAGCUUCGAGCACAAGUGGAUGGUGAUCCAAGCGCUGACGCGGAUCUGCGCCGAUGCCCAGUCCGUGGUGGAUAUCUAUGUGAACUACGAUUGCGACUUUUCGGCGGCCAAUCUCUUCGAGCGACUAGUCAACGAUCUUUCCAAGAUUGCCCAGGGUCGCCAGGCCCUCGAACUGGGCGCCAAUCCGAUGCAGGAGAAGUCUAUGCGGAUACGCGGCCUAGAGUGUCUCGUUUCCAUCCUCAAAUGCAUGGUGGAAUGGAGCAAGGAUUUGUAUGUCAAUCCCAAUAUGCCGGUUCCCGCUCUUCCGGCUCAAGUUCAAUCGCCUACGACCUACGAUCAAGCGGACACCACAAUUCAAACCAUGCACAGCGGCUCGAGCCACAGUCUCAAUUCGAAUCAGGAGCAGCUGCAGGAUCUGCCCGAGGCGCUGGAGGAGCGCAAGAUGCGCAAGGAGGUGAUGGAAACGGGCAUCGAGCUCUUCAAUCGGAAGCCGCAGAAGGGCGUGCAGUUUCUGCAGGAGAAGCAGCUGCUGGGCGGUACGUGCCAGGACAUUGCCCGCUGGCUGCACGAGGACGAGCGACUGGACAAGACGGUGAUUGGCAAUUAUCUGGGCGAAAACGACGAUCACUCCAAGGAGGUGAUGUGCGCCUACAUCGAUGCCUUCGAUUUUCGACAACUGGAGGUUGUGGCCGCUCUGCGAAUUCUCCUCGAGGAGUUCCGCCUGCCGGGAGAGGCGCAGAAAAUCGAUCGACUGAUGGAGAAGUUCGCCAGCAGAUACUGCGAAUGCAAUCCGCAGAAUCAGCUAUUCCAAAGUGCCGACACCGUUUACGUUCUCGCCUUCAGCAUCAUCAUGCUGACCACGGAUCUCCAUUCGCCGCAGGUCAAGCACAAGAUGACCAAGGAGCAGUAUAUCAAAAUGAAUCGCGGCAUCAGUGACAGCAAGUCCGAUUUGCCCGAGGAGUAUUUAUCCUCCAUCUACGAUGAGAUUUCCGAACACGAGAUCAAGAUGAAGAACAACUCGGGAAUGCUGCAGCAGGCGAAACCCGCUGGCAAGCAGCCCUUCAUCACGGAGAAGCGUCGCAAGUUGUUGUGGAACAUGGAGAUGGAGGUCAUCUCGCUGACGGCCACCAAUCUCAUGCAGUCCGUUUCGCAUGUAAAGUCGCCGUUUACCUCCGCCAAGCAUCUGGAGCAUGUGCGUCCCAUGUUUAAGAUGGCCUGGACUCCCUUCCUCGCCGCCUUUUCGGUGGGUCUGCAGGACUGCGAUGAUCCGGAGAUAGCCACCCUCUGCUUGGAUGGCAUUCGUUGCGCUAUUAGGAUUGCCUGCAUCUUUCACAUGUCCCUCGAGAGAGAUGCCUAUGUUCAGGCUUUGGCCAGAUUUACCCUGCUGAAUGCCAAUUCUCCGAUCAACGAGAUGAAGGCCAAAAAUAUCGACACCAUCAAGACGCUCAUCAUGGUGGCCCACACGGAUGGCAACUAUCUGGGCAGCAGCUGGCUGGAUAUUGUCAAGUGCAUUAGCCAACUGGAGUUGGCUCAACUUAUUGGCACUGGAGUGCGUCCGCAGUUCCUUUCCGGGGCGCAGACCACGCUCAAGGAUUCGCUGAAUCCCAGCGUGAAAGAGCACAUUGGCGAGACGAGCAGCCAGAGCGUUGUGGUCGCCGUCGAUCGCAUUUUCACCGGCUCCAUGCGACUGGAUGGCGAUGCUAUCGUUGACUUUGUUAAGGCUUUGUGCCAAGUGUCGGUGGACGAACUGCAGCAGCAGCAACCGCGGAUGUUCUCGCUGCAGAAGAUAGUGGAGAUCAGUUACUACAACAUGGAGCGUAUUCGUCUGCAGUGGUCGCGUAUUUGGCAAGUCCUGGGCGAGCACUUUAAUGCAGUGGGUUGUAAUAGCAACGAGGAGAUCGCCUUCUUCGCUUUGGAUUCACUGCGUCAGCUGUCGAUGAAGUUUAUGGAGAAGGGCGAGUUCAGUAACUUUCGCUUCCAGAAGGAUUUCCUCCGACCCUUCGAGCACAUAAUGAAGAAGAACGCCUCGCCCGCAAUUCGAGAUAUGGUGGUGCGUUGCAUUGCCCAAAUGGUGAACUCACAGGCGCACAACAUUCGUUCCGGCUGGAAGAAUAUCUUCAGCAUUUUCCAUUUGGCGGCGGGCGAUCACGAGGAGCCGAUUGUGGAGCUGGCCUUCCAGACGACGGGCAAAAUCAUUGGGGAUUUGUACAAGCGUCAGUUCGCCAUUAUGGUGGACUCCUUCCAGGAUGCAGUCAAGUGUUUAUCCGAGUUUGCCACCGCCAGAUUUCCGGACACGAGCAUGGAGGCCAUUCGCCUGGUGCGAACCUGCGCCCAGUGCGUCCACGAGGCGCCGCAGCUUUUUGCGGAGCACGCCGGCAUGGAGAACGAUGCCUCGGUGGCGGAGGAGGAUCGCGUGUGGGUGCGCGGCUGGUUCCCCAUGCUCUUCUCGCUCUCCUGCGUCGUCAAUCGCUGCAAACUGGACGUGCGCACGCGCGCCCUGACUGUGCUCUUCGAGAUUGUUAAGACGUAUGGCGAGAGCUUCAAGCCGAAUUGGUGGAAGGAUCUGUUCAAUGUGAUCUUCCGCAUCUUUGACAACAUGAAGUUGCCCGAACAUGUGACAGAGAAAUCCGAGUGGAUGACCACCACCUGCAAUCACGCCUUGUACGCUAUCAUCGAUGUCUUCACGCAGUACUUUGAUGUUCUGGGACAUCUGUUGCUGGAGGAACUCUUUGCCCAGUUGCAUUGGUGCGUUCAGCAAAGCAACGAGCAGUUGGCGCGAUCGGGCACGAAUUGUCUGGAGAACCUCGUGAUUUCCAAUGGCUUCAAGUUCAACGAAUCCACCUGGGACAAGACGUGUCAGUGCAUCCUAGACAUCUUCAAUGCCACGCUGCCGCAGGAUCUGCUCAGCUGGCGACCGAAGGCACAUUCCAGUAACCAGCAGCCACCCCAGGAGCACAACCACUUCGAGGCGCUGCACAUUCGGUGUGUGGUGCAGCUGGAACUGAUACAGACCAUGGACAACAUUGUCUUCUUCCCGGCGACGUCGCGAAAGGAGGAUGCCGAAACACUGGCCCAGGCGGCUGCUGAUUUGACGGGCGGAAGGAAUGGAUCGCAGUCGCAGCUGCUCGAGUGCCAGCGGGAGGAGCAGGGAAUGUAUGGCUAUCUGAGGACCCGACAGCUGCUCACUUUGGCUGAUUGCUUGAUGCAAUCACACCGCUUCGCCAAGCGCUUCAACGCGGAUCAUGAUCAGCGCAGUCUGUUGUGGCGGGCCGGGUUCAAGGGCUCGGUGAAGCCGAAUCUGCUCAAGCAGGAGACCUCUUCGCUGGCCUGCGUCCUGCGCAUCUUCUUCAAGAUGUACGGCGAUGAGAACAGGCGCAGCGAUUGGCCCGGCAUCGAGCAGGAACUGGUGCAGGUCUGCAAGGAGGCACUGGGCUACUACCUUAGUCUGCAGAGCGAGGCCCAUCGAGAUGCCUGGACAUCGCUGCUGCUGCUCAUCCUCACGCGACUGCUCAAGAUGUCCGAUGCAAGGUUCGCCACCCACGUGUCCAACUACUACAGCCUGCUGUGCGAAAUGAUGUGCUUCGACCUCAAGCCCGAACUGAGAAGUGUCCUUAGGCGUGUGUUCAUGCGCAUCGGUCCAGUAUUCAAUAUAAUGAGCGUUAAAUAGUCACGGAGGAGAGGCCUCAGCCACCUGGCUAGUUGACUCGGCCAUGUUAAUAGAUCGAUCCUCCCCAGCCUCCCCAAAUCCCCUCAAAUCGUAGUUCAUAGAGCACCCUUUGGUUCCCUCGGCUUUGUUGUUAUGUUGGCACUUAAUCAUACAUACGAGUAUAUAUAUUUUUAUUAUAUUUAUAAACAAUACAUAGGCAGAAUGUAAUGUUUAUUAGGUUUAACAAGAAAUGUUGUUGUUUUUUAUAUAUAUACAUACUACAAUUGGGUAUGCUAUAUAAGGCUUUAAUGUGUGCGUGUGUAUAGUUUCCUUCAGUUACCGAUUACGAAUUUGGAUCUUGUUUUCCCCGGUGUAACCACACUUUAACAUUCACCUAUUACCGAUUAGUGUGUAGCGUAAAUACCGAUUAAACCAGCAUUAUGUGCAGCCUGUAUAUUGCUAGUGUUAAUUUAAAUCAAAAUCUAUAUAAAUAAAUAUAUUU